GUGACGUAUAAUCUAGUGGACGGAACUGGAGGCUUCUUCAACAGCGACAAAAGGCUUCUGAUUCAACCAACGUGGUGGUUUGCUAGCGAACAUAAAACCGAAACAUUGAAGCGCUUUAGACCAAUCUUGUGUAUUUUACUCUUAGUGUUUUGAAUAUAAUUCUAUUUACUUGUCUACUAGUCCAUUUAAAUGUAAUUUGCUUGUUAAAUUAGCAAAUGUGGUAAAUUGAUAACGCACUAGGCUAAUCGACCGGAGCAUGAGUUCACUAAGCUCGACGGAGAAAGAAGCUCUGAUGAAAGGAGAGGAAGAAGCUUUCAGAAUGAAAGAAGAGGAAGAGGAUGCUAUCACAUUGAAAGAAGAGGAUGAUAUUACAGUGAAAGAGGAAGAUGGGAGAGAGGUUGUCAAAGUGGAAGAGGAGGAGGUAGAAGCUUUCAGAAUCAAAAAGGAGGAAGAUGCCAUAACAUUGAAAGAAGAGAAUGUAGUGAAAGAAGCGGAAGAACCUUUUAGAGUAAAAGAGGAAGAUGAGGCUAUCUCAAUAAAAGAGGAGGAAGACGUUUUGGGAGUGAAAAAGGAGGAGGCUGAAGAUCAGAUUACAACCAGAGAGAGACGUGACUAUCGUGGAUCCUCUGGGGAGCCUCAACAACAUCCUGAUGCUGACGAGGCAGAGAAGAAUCUCUCCAGAUCAGAACACCAGAUGGACAACGCUAGCCCUUCGGCCCUCCCGGAGUCCGUGUGUGGUGCCUCUCCCGGUAGCACCUUACUGCUGGGUAUGAAGAGGUUGUCUGUGCUGCUGGUGGACUGCAGGAAAACAACGGGGCUGAGUGGAACUGUGAGAGGAGGAGGAGAGAAGAAAGGAUCAGAUUUGACUCAUGAAAGAGAAAGACCAGAGCCAGGGACGUCCAAACCAGCAAGACGACACCAGUGCUCCCACUGUAGAAAGCGUUGUAACCGGUUAUGGGACCUGAAACGGCAUGAGAGAAGACACACACGGGAGAAGCCUUACCACUGCUCCCAAUGUGGAAAGGGUUUCAGCGAGGCGGCGAAGCUAAAACGGCAUGAAGGAAAAUACACAGGGGAGAAGCCUUACCACUGCCCCCAGUGUGGAAAGGGUUUUAAAUGUAUAGCACACCUGAAAACACAUGAGAGAAUCCACACAGGGGAGAAGCCUUACAACUGCCCCCAGUGUGGAAAGUGUUUUAAAUUUAUAGCACACCUGAAAAAACAUGAGAAAAUCCACAUAGGGGAGAAGCCUUGCCACUGCUCCCAGUGUGGAAAGUGGUUUAACCGGCCUGCGAAGCUGAAACGGCAUGAGAGAAUACACACAGGGGAGAAGCCUUACCACUGCUCCCAGUGCGGAAAGAGUUUUACCAAUUUAGGGAGCCUGAAAAACCAUGAGAGAAUACACACAGGGGAGAAGCCUUUCCUCUGCUCCCAGUGCGGAAAGAGUUUUACCAAUUUAGGGAACCUGAAAAACCAUGAGAGAAUACACACAGGGGAGAAGCCUUACAACUGCUCCCAGUGUGGAAAGUGUUUUAACCGGCCUGCGAAGCUGAAACGGCAUGAGAGAAUACACACAGGGGAGAAGCCUUACCACUGCUCCCAGUGCGGAAAGAGUUUUACUAAUUUAGGGAGCCUGAAAAACCAUGAGAGAAUACACACAGGGGAGAAGCCUUACAACUGCUCCCAGUGUGGAAAGUGUUUUAACAAGUUAGGGAACAUGAAGCAACAUGAGAGAAUACACACAGGGGAGAAGCCUUACCACUGCUCCCAGUGUGGAAAGUGUUUUAACCAGUUAGGGAACCUGAAAGAACACGAGAGAAUACACACAGGUGAGAACCCUUACCACUGCUCCCAGUGUGGAAAGUUUUUCAGCCGGUCAGGGGCGCUGAAACUACACGAGAGAAUACACACAGGGGAGAAGCCUUACCAUUGCUCCCAGUGUGGAAAGUGUUUUAACAAGUUAGGGAACCUGAAAGAACACGAGAGAAACCACACAGGUGAGAAGCCUUACCAUUGCUCCCAGUGUGGAAAGUGUUUUAACAAGUUAGGGAACCUGAAAGAACACGAGAGAAGCCACACAGGUGAGAACCCUUACCACUGCUCCCAGUGUGGAAAGGGUUGCAACCGGCCUGCGGAACUGAAAAUACAUGAGAGAAUCCACACAGGGGAGAAGCCUUACCACUGCUCACAGUGUGGAAAGGGUUUCAGCCGGCCUGCGGAUCUGAAACGGCAUGAGAGAAUACACACACGGGAGAAGCCUUAACACUGCUCCCAAUGUGGAAAGGGUUUCAGAGAGGCGGCGAAGCCGAAACGGCAUGAAGGAAUACACACGGGAGAAGCCUUACCACUGCUCUCAGUGUGGAAAGGGUUUCAACCGGCCUGCGAAGCCGAAACGGCAUGAGAGAAUACACACAGGGGAGAAGCCUUACAACUGCUCCCAGUGUGGAAAGUGUUUUAACCAGUUAGGGAACCUGAAAGAACACGAGAAUACACACAGGGGAGAAGCCUUACCGCUGCUCCCAGUGUGGAAAGUGUUUUAACCAGUUAGGGAACCUGAAAGAACACGAGAAUACACACAGGUGAGAACCCUUACCACUGCUCCCAAUGUGGAAAGUGUUUCAACCAGCUUGGGGAGCUGAAAUGGCACGAGAGAAUAAACACAGGGGACUUGCUGUCUUAUAUUGUUGACUGAUAAUGAUUACCUGUUUUUACCAUAUGAACUUGAAUUGUACAAAGUAUACUAAAACAUAUAUUUGUAUGUUAUAUUUGCAUAUUAAACAUGAAUUUAAUAUGGAGAUUGAAUAUAGAGUAGGUCAGAUUCCUUCUGUUUUAAAUGGUCCUUUUUUCAACUCUGACACUGUGUGUGUUUAUCUGGGUGUCAUUCCUCCAGCACUGCAGAUAAUCAAGUGACAUUUGGAUGUGAUGCAUUUGUUCCGUUGUGUACAUUUACAUUGUUGGCCCACUGAUGAUUUAAUGAAAUGAAAAUGUUCACAGACUCUGUAAUGCAAAAUGUUAAUUGUAUGUGUCCAUAUAUCUGAGUAUGUGACUUGUGGUGGAUGAAUCAGAAUUAGUUGGGUAACAUAGAUAAUUAAGAUCUCUUAUCUGCAUAAUAUGCUGAGGUGAUAUACUUGUUAUUAGAAUGUAUCCCUUCGGACUCUGGUGUUGGCAGUUGCACUUCUUCCCUCAGCUGGGGCUCAGUCACCUGGGGCCCAGAGAGGGGAGAGGUCAGGCUUGUCUUUUACAUGUCCCUGGUGCUAUGCAGAAUAUCAGGAAGGGAAGAGGACAGGAGGGAACAUUGUCUUCAUAUGUGAAUGUAUCUGUUAAACUAUGUAAAGGGAUGGUGUGAUUAAUGGGGAACCAAUUACUGGUUUCCACAAUGUCUGUGCGCAAGUCACUCCCUCCUUUGGCAUUGGGGGGAGGUGUAUGGCAGUGUCUGGAACCAUUGUAUGUCCUCUCUGAUGUUGCACUUAUCCUGGGAUAGUGUAUGACCUAGAGGCUCACUCCCCUCAGUGAGCUUGUCCAGGAGUGGGGUCAAGAAGGGGUUUUACUUGAGAUGGGAGUAUCUAGAGUUGACAAUUGAGUUAUGCCAUUGGAUGAGUUGGUGUUUUUGUGCUAUGAAGUACCAGGAACGAGAUUAGAACCUCGUCUUAGGGACCAAACUGAAUGAUAAAUUAUAGCGAAUGCUAUCUGGCUACGGGAUACUCCUUUCUCAUUAUAAAGUCUCACUUUGUAAACUGUUCCUAAUAUCUGUGGUUUGUUAUGUCGACUAGGGGGGUGGAUCUUUGCUAUUAAAGAUCUCAGUAGCCAUUGUGUUGCCACUCUCAACGGUUCAUUAGAAAUAGUGAAUUGUUGAAAGUCAUUGCAAAGAUCUUAUUAUUAAAGAUGUAGUUUAAGUAUAACUCUGAUUGGUGUGUGAACUUUGUCUCUCCACGUUUGGUAAUACAGAAAUAAACCACCACAGACUAACCUUGUGAAACUGACCUAUUAUAAUCUCCUGCUCCUGGGAGUAUCAUCCUGCGUUGCAAACCAGCUGCACCUGCAUCCUUGUAUGAAUAGAGUCCCUCCCAGGAACAGGAAACUAUAAAGAUAUGUGCUCAUCACCCAAUGCUUCAGGAAUUCAAACUGUCUACACUGCGCUGUGUAACUGUUAUUCUCUCUGAGCUCAGAAAUAAAGAAUCUUGGUUUGA